AUGGCAGCAGGAGUGGCGGCGUGGCUGCCGUUCGCCCGCGCGGCGGCCAUCGGCUGGAUGCCAGUGGCCGGCGCGCCCAUGCCGGUUCCUCCAAAGGAGAAAAACCGCGGGCAGGAAGGUCUGAUCAUGCUGAACGUGAGCGGCACAAAGUUUCAGACCUGGCGGGACACUCUGGAGCGGUACCCGGACACCCUGCUGGGCAGCACGGAGCGGGACUUCUUCUUCCACGAGGACAGCAACGAGUACUUCUUCGACCGCGACCCGGACAUCUUCCGCCACAUCCUCAACUUCUACCGCACCGGGAAGCUGCACUACCCGCGGCAGGAGUGCAUCUCCGCGUACGACGAGGAGCUCGCGUUCUUCGGCAUCAUCCCGGAGAUCAUCGGGGACUGCUGCUAUGAGGACUACAAGGACCGUCGGCGGGAGAACCAGGAGCGGAUCCAGGACGACGAGGAGAUGGACCAGACCAACGACCUGGUCUCGGCAGACAUGAGCUUCCGGGAGACUAUGUGGCGGGCAUUUGAGAACCCCCACACCUCCACCAUGGCGCUGGUCUUCUACUAUGUCACCGGCUUCUUCAUCGCGGUGUCGGUGCUCGCCAACGUGGUGGAGACGGUCCCGUGCGGUACCCUGCCGAACCGCGUCAAGGAGGUCUCGUGCGGUGAUCGGUACGCGCUGGCCUUCUUCUGCCUGGACACCGCGUGCGUCAUGAUCUUCACGGUGGAGUACCUGCUGCGCCUGCUCGCCGCGCCGAGCCGCUACAAGUUCGUUAAGAGCGUCAUGAGCAUCAUCGACGUGGUGGCCAUCAUGCCGUACUACAUCGGCCUCGUCAUGACGGACAACGAGGACGUGAGCGGCGCAUUCGUCACCCUCCGCGUCUUCAGGGUGUUUCGGAUUUUCAAAUUCUCGCGGCACUCUGCGGGACUUCGCAUCCUGGGCUACACGCUGAAGAGCUGCGCGUCGGAGCUCGGCUUCCUGCUCUUCUCCCUCACCAUGGCUAUCAUCAUCUUCGCCACCGUCAUGUUCUACGCAGAGAAGGGAUCCAGCGCGAGCAAGUUCACCAGCAUCCCGGCCGCCUUCUGGUACACCAUCGUCACCAUGACAACGCUGGGAUACGGCGACAUGGUACCAAAGACCAUCAUGGGGAAGAUCUUCGGCUCCAUCUGCUCUCUGAGCGGCGUGUUGGUCAUCGCCCUGCCGGUCCCCGUAAUCGUCUCCAACUUCAGCCGAAUCUACCACCAGAGCCAGAGAGCCGAGAAGAGACGAGCGCAGAAGAAAACCAGGCUUGCUAGAAUUCUCGCGGUGAAGAGCGGAGGGGCUAACGCUUAUUUGCAGUACAAACAGAGCCGGCUGCUGAUUGAGCUCGAUGAGGAGGAGGCAGGACAGGCACUGGUGUGUAAGACCAACCCCAACUUUGAGGAGCAUCAUCAUCACCUUCUGCACUGUCUGGAGAAGACCACGAACCACGAGUUUGUGGACGAGAAGACGUACGAGGCAAGCUGCAGGGACGUAACGCUGGUGAAGCAGGUGUCUCGCUCUUCCUCCAUCUCCUCCUCUUCUUCACCUCACGGCUUCACCUCCUGCUGCGCACGCAGGAAGAGGAAAACCUUCAACGUUCCCAACUCCAACAUGUCUGUGGGUCUGCAUGGCAGCAUCCAGGAACUGAGCACCAUCCAGAUCAGAGAAAGACCCCUCACCAACAGUCGAUCCAGUCUGAACGCUAAAUUUGAGGAGACGGUUCCUCUGAACUGCGACCAGCCGUACAUCACCGCCGCUGUCAUCAGCAUGCCCACGCCACCCGGCACCACGCCCGAAGGCGACGAUUCAUCCAGCUCCACCAACUACUCCCAGGCCAACAUUGUGCGGGUGUCGGCACUCUAG